AUGGAGUUUGUCGAUGCAAUACCGGUAACGUUUAAAGAAAUAACUCCAAAUCAUAAUAUUCCCGAAAAAUGGAAAGAAGUCGUAUUGAAUACAGGAGGCACCCACAGUACAUUACAAGAUAUAAAAUUACCUCACAAAGCCGGCGGCUACUGGUACAAAGAUUCAAAGAGAGCAAACACAAGGAACAGAUUCAUAUACUGGCAAACAACAUCAGAUUCUAUUGAAUUGUCAGAAGCUUCUUUGGAUGUAAACUUGUCUGGGGCUAAUUUGAGAUGUAAAGUGGCAGCUGGGACUCCACCAUUAAAUAAUUUAGAGUUUUAUGAGAAGACGUCUUCGCAACAGUUAGUUAUUUUAGCUGCUACUGUCUCUUCUGUACAUAGAUUAGUCUUUCCUCAUCCUGAUCUUCUUGAUAGAAAGUCUACAUUUGGGUCUAUGUGUAGCGUCUGCCCUUCCAUAUUUCACGACACAAGCUCACUCAACAAUCCAAACAAUUACUACAUACUUAAUCAAUAUUCUAACACAAACACAGGUGUGGCACAUUCUUGUGCCUCUCUACUGCGGGACAGCGGAGAGGCAGUGUUUGCUUUGGCAUUUGGAUAUGGUGGUGAGGGAGGACUCCUAUUAGUAAAGCUGCCGGUAGCUGGCUCAGCUGUUACUUUAUUAUUAAAACGGGAAUCAACUGUGCCAAGAUUCCUAUCAGGCAUCACGGGUGCUUUAAGGGGAAAGAGUGAUGGAGUUGACACAUAUGGUGUGGUCUUGACAAAUGGCUUGGUUGUAGCUAUAUGUGGAGACAACUGUCUCAGAGUGUGGUCCGUAGAUGAGGGUGGUGUACCAACAGCUGUCUCAACGUCUUUAUCCCAGACAUUAGAUAAACCGAAGCCUCCUCCUCAUGGCCACAUGCUUCAAUAUACAACGGGCUUAGAUGGAAGUGUAAUAUUAGUAGCUUAUUUAUCAUUCCCAAAUGAAUGUGAAUUUGUAGUUAUGAAGAUGCAUGAUGGCGGUGUGGGAGCUGCUAGGUUUACACAAAUGUGUCAUAUUUUUGGACCACAGUUGGAUCUUCUUGAUUAUUCAAUUGGUUAUGGCGAUGGUAACCAUGUGAUUUGGGCGUUAUGGACUCAGCCAGAUGGUGAUGCUGUUGUUACAACUACUGGCAUCGGUCCGGAGGCCCAGUGGCGCGCCGUCGCUGGGCGCGAGCCUCCGCCCUCUCUUCCUCAGUUAUCAUCAGUCAACAUGUACCGGGAUCGCCUACUAGCCCCGGGACUAUUCCCUCCGGCCGUCAUUCGUAAGGCUUUGGUUAUAUACCGUCGUCAGUGGGGCGGUGAGGGCGGGGAGGGGGAUGUGGACUUGGGCGAGGCGUGUGUGUCAGCUGUGCAGGCGAGACUACGAGCACUCACAGCAAGACACCAGCCAGCCGACCACUCACACCUCAUGCACAAAUGCUGGACAGAUUUAUACAGCUGGUGCAUGCAAUAUAUGGAAGGGUUGCAGAAACCACUUGGUCUUAUGGUGUCUAAACAUUAUAAGGAGUGUGAGUCGGGCUGGUGGUGUGGAGUGGUGAGACGGGCGGGCGUGUCCCUAGUGAGACAGUUGGAGCCCUACGAACGAGUCAUGUUGUCUCCGGAAGAUACAUUACCUGAUACCAUAUUCAGAGGUAGUGGGGAGGUGGGACCGGUGUCGUCGGAGGCGAUGCGCGUUGUGGUGGCGGGCGCGCGGUGGGAGCGCGGCGCCAGUCCGGCGGGGGCCGCGGAGCUGGAGCGACGUCUGUUCGCGUGUGCUGCUCCACAACACCGCCUGCUGCCGCGACUGCUGCAUCUGCUGCUGCAACCACCGGAGGACGCCGCCACGCCUACGCUGUCCCCGGAACAAAUUGAUGAAAUCUCAGCCAUCUUGGAACCAAUCAACGAUUUGCAGAAUGCUGUCCUCGAGUUAAACCAGGCACUGAGAUUGGAUGUUCCAGAGAUAGAUUCUAGUAAAAGUGACGAUGAUGAUAACGCAGAGUAUAAUAAUCUGUUUGCGAGCGAUCUCGGAGUAGCUAUAGUCACUGAAGCGAUACGACAAAUGGCUGAAAUGAGAUGUCGCGUGGUCCGAGGUGCUUUAGCAGCUCUCGGUGCUGCUCGCGGUGCGGGCGGGGUGCCGGGCGCAGGUCACUGCGCCGUACACUGGCAGGCCUACCGGGCGCUGUUGUGGCUUAGAGCCGCCACUCACCAGCCACACGAUAAAACGGGUUCAUCGGAGCUGUUCCGUCUGAAGCUCACCGCUCUCGGCGGGGAGAGUGCGGAGGGUUGCGGGGGCGGGGAGGGCGCUUGGAGUGCGGGGGGCGCGGUGGCGGCCUACACCGCGGCGGCCGGGGGGCGGCGCGCCAGGAGACAGCUAGCGGCCGCGGGGGCUCCGCUACACUGGCACCAGGCGCUACCACUCAUGGCCUACCAUCUCGCAUAUCAACUUUGGGCGGUAAGUGGUGGCUUUGAAUUUGGUUGGUGGCUUGCUUCCAUCAACCAACCUCGUCUUGUACAAAGCUAUGUUGCCCUGCUAGAGCCUUGGUGCGAGUGGAACGCCUGCUCACGUCAGUUCAUAUUGGGCAUGUCUCUGUUGGAGCUGGGCGAGUCGGAGGCUGCGUACACGUCGUUCUGCCGCGCUGCCAAGGGUGUUAGCACGGAGCCCUUCCUUCGAUCACUAGUGGCGCCCCCCGACACCGCACUCACGCAACACCAGGCGCUAGUAUUAUACUAUAUGAAGGUCAUCAAGUUAUUCGAGAUCCACGAUGCUGGAGCCUGCGUCGUGAGAUUAGCGGAGACGGCGAUCAGUAUAGCUGAUAAGGAUGACCCUAAUCUGGCAAUGUUCCAGUGGGUUGUGUUCAAGUGGCACCUGUCGGGUGGCCGAGUGUCCCGCGCCCUCAGCGCAGCGGCCGCCAACCCUGCAGCCAGCGCUCGAGCAGCCGCCGCCGCUGCGUUACUUACUACACUCGCGGAACGUAAACAGUUAUCGGCGCUUGUGUCGUGUGGGUCGCUGGCUUUGGAGGCGGAGCGAGCGGCCGCGGCCCGCGCCAAGCUACACGAUCCCUACCCACACAACCCCUACUACGACUUCUUAUACGCGCUGCAUCUCUCCAGACAUCAUUAUCGAAAAGCGGCGGCGGUAGUGUACGAGCGUGCGGCGCGGUGUGCGGGCGAGCGUGGCCCGGCCCGGCGACGCUGGCUGGCCGCGGCGCUCACCUGCCUGAGACUGGCGCAACCCAGACACGCGUUCCUGGCUAGGCCUGACAGGACACGGAACGCUAACGACGCUCUCCAGAUUAUUGGUCCCGAAGAACUUGCAGCCGAAUUGCGUGAGGAAGUUCCAGAAUCAUUAGAUCCGGUGCAGCAGGCUUUACUUAAAACGGAUAACAUCGAUUUUGACUAUUUAUAUCCAAAUUUGAAAGAAGCGGAUCCGGAAACUCUUUUAGCGGUGAUGAAAAGGGCGAUCAGUACCGGCCAGUUUAUGCCACAUUGGUUUCUUCAAAGGUUCCUGGAGUUGGAGCCUAAUUCGUGUAUUCGUGCUAUGCUGAGCGGCGGGCGGGCUGUGGAGGCUGCUGAGCUGUGUUGUGCUGCUCUACGUCGCGACGCCCUAGCACUCGUGCCAACUAAUAAUUCUCUACCGCGCGCCUCACCACUAUCAUUAGCUGACUUACUGCUACAUGAACUGACUCAACAUGAUCACAAUCCGAAAGUCAGAGAGGUAUUUAUAUUUCAUUUACUUAUUUAA